AUGCGCAGUCAAGCGAUCAACGUUGCCAAGAGGAGCACUCCCGCUACUUGCGCCUUGGCGCAGCGUCAUCUGGGCGCCACUGCUGUGGCCCUGACACAUUCUCAAGUGAGGCUCGCCCACAAGAAGAUUGACGUCAAGAACCCCGUUGUGGAGCUUGACGGCGAUGAGAUGACCAGGAUCAUCUGGAAGAGGAUCAAGGAAGAGUUGAUUCUGCCCUUCCUGAACAUCGAUCUCAAGUACUACGAUCUCGGCAUCGAGUACCGCGACCAGACCAACGAUAAGGUUACCAUUGAGGCUGCCGAGGCCAUUAAGCAGUACAACGUCGGCAUCAAGUGUGCCACCAUCACUCCCGACGAGAACCGCGUCGCUGAGUUCAAGCUGAAGAAGAUGUGGAAGUCCCCCAACGGUACCAUCCGUAACAUCCUGGGCGGUACCGUCUUCCGCGAGCCCAUCAUCUGUAAGAACGUUCCUCGUCUCGUCCCCGGCUGGAGCCAGUCCAUCGUCAUCGGCCGUCAUGCUCACGGUGACCAGGACUUGACGAGCGAGCGACUUACUCACUAUUGCUUCACAGUACAAGGCCACUGA